AUGAACUAUUAUACACGGAUUCAGGAAUUAGUGCUUUGCGUUCGCAUGCAUAACAAUACCGCUUUUAUUGGCGUUGAACCAUUUGAGAAAAUCGAAUUAUUCUCAGCGAGUGAAUGUCGACAACGAUGCAUUGAAAUGAAAAAUAUUUUUUACAGGAGAUAUCGCAUGAACGAAUGGUUCGAUGUAGCACUGAUAACGGAAAAACCAAUGAAACCAUUUGAUAAAAUUCGAGCUUUAGAAAUGGUAAUUGACUGCCAUGAAUUCGAUCCAUUUCCACCAAUUUCCGAUGAUUUUGCCACAUCGACUGACCAAGUCAGCAAAAAAAAACGAGUUUAUCGAAUACGCUCACAACCUUGUGAAUAUGGUCGUUAUGUUGAACGAAGGCUUUGCAACCAAGCAUCUAAACAUUUACUCCUCACUCCGUGUAUCGUUCUGCUGGUACCAUAUCCACCUUUUCCCUAUGAGAAUUUUACAGUAUGGUCCAUUUGGUCUGAGUGGUCAGUUUGUUCAUCAUCUUGUGGAAGUGGAACAGAACGAAGGUACAGAAAAUGUGAGACACAUUUCUGCGAUGGGGAGUUCACUGAAACGCGUCCAUGCUUUGGAGAACUACCAUGUAAUACUUGGUCACUUUGGAAUGAAUGGUCUAAUUUUUUUCUUUUUAAUUUUUCUUGCCAUCACAUUUCCUGUGAUAUUUCAGCUACAUGCGGUAUCGCUGACCGAGUUAGAUCUCGUUUUUGCCAUCUCGGUAGAGGAAGAUGUGAUGGUCCUGAUUAUGAGUUGGGAAUCUGCAAUGCAGGACUUUGCCCGGAAUGGUCCACUUGGGAAGGAUGGUCUCAAUGUUCAGUAACUUGUGGAGUUGGUGUUCAAAGGCGUGAACGCAUUUGUCAAGGGAAUCACUGCCAAGGAGAUCAGUUUGAAGAAGAAAAUUGUUACGGUGAUGCUGAUGAAUGCUUAUCAACAUGGGCUGAAUGGCAGGAAUGGUCGCACUGCUCAGUUUCUUGUGGACGUGGCACGAUAACUCGUACCCGUGUUUGCCUCGGUUUUCACUGCAUUGGAGAAACCAUCGAAGAAGAAACGUGUGAACAGGAAUAUUGUCCACAGUGGUCUCAUUGGGGAAGUUGGUCGGUAUGUUCUGCGACAUGUGGUUAUGGCACACAGUUGAGAUCGAGAGUAUGCUCUGGUUCUUUUUGUCCAGGUUUCUAUUUCAGAUUAUUCUUACAUUUGUUUUUUUUUCUCUGA